GAUUGGACGUAUCAUUUUUCUCACACGUGAAAAAACAUCGUUCGCGAUUCUGAUUGGACGUAUCGUUUUUUUCACGUGUGAAAACCAUCGUUCGCUCCUCUGAUUGGCUAUAACUAAUUUGCGUACGAAAAUUUACGACAUAGCUUUUUGGUGAGUAUUUCUCAGUAUGUAUAUAAUAAACACGUAUCCCUAAUGAUAUGUGUUCCCCCACCUGGGAAACACGUAUCCCUAGUGGUAUGUCUUCUCCCACCUGGGAAACACAUAUCCCUAGUGACAUGUCUUCCCCCACCUGGAAAACACAUAUCGCUAGUGAUAUGUGUUUUCCUACAUGCGAAACAAAUAUCCCUAGUGAUAUGUGUUCCCCCACCUUGGAAACACAUAGACCUAGUGAUAUGUGUUCCCCCUCCUGGCAAACACAUAUCCCUAGUGAUAUGUGUUCCCCUACUUGGGGAACACAUAUCCCUAGUGAUAUGUGUUCCCCCACUUGGGAAACACAUAUCCCUAGUAAUAUGUGUUUCUCCACUUGGGAAACAGAUAUCCCUAGUGAUAUGUGUUCCCCCACCUGGGAAACACAUAUCCCUAGUGAUAUGUGUUCCCCCACCUGGGGAACAGAUAUCCCUAGUGAUAUGUGUUACCCCACUUGGGAAACACAUAUCCCUAGUGAUAUGUGUUCCCCCAUCUGGGGAACACAUAUCCCUAGCGAUAUGUGAUCCCCCACUUGGGAAACACAUAUUAUAGUUGUAAGUGUUCCCUCACUUGGAAAACACAUAUCCCGAGUGAAAUGUGUUCCCCCACCUCGGAAACAGAUAUUCCUAGUGAUAUUUGUUCCCCCACUUGGGAAACACAUAUCCCUAGUGUUAUUUGUUCCCCCACCUUGGAAACACAUAUCCCUAGUGAUAUGUGUUCCUUCAGCUUGGAAACACAUAUCCCUACUGAUAUGUGUUCACCCAUCCGGGAAACACAUAUCCCUAGUGAUAUGUGUUUUCCACCUGGGAAACACAUAUCCCUAGUAAUGUGUGUUUCUCCACCUAGGAAACGCAUAUUCCUAGAGAUAUGUGUUUCCCCACGUUAAAAACACUUUUCGCUAGUUAUAUGUGUUUCCCAGGGGGGGGAACACAUAUCCCUUCUGAUAUGUGAUCCCCUACCUGGGAAACGCAUAUCCCUAGUGAUAUGAGUUCCCCUACCUGGAAAACACAUAUCCCUAGCGAUAUGUCUUCCCCCACAUCUAUUCCAAAGGGGUUAACCAUGGAUUUGGUCCAAAAUUGGCUAUUUUUUAAACUUUUUUAGUUUAAGGCAAUAUAAGCCAGGAAAAUGUCGUUUACGAUAUUCUAGAACGAUAAAACGCCCCAGCUUCUAGGGUAUAAAAACAAGAAGUUCAAAAAUUCGAAAAACUGACAUUUUUCCAAAGGGGUUAACUCAUGGUUUUGGUCCAAAAAUGGCCAUUUUUCCACCUUUUUUUUAGGCAGUAUAGCCCAGCAAAAUGUCGUUUACGAUAUUCAAGAACGAAAAAACGCCUUUCUAGGCUAUAAAAACAAAAAGUUCAAAAAGUCGAAAAAUUGACAUUUUUCCAAAGGGGUUAACCCUUCGUUUUGGUCCAAAAAUGGCGAUUUUUCCAACUUUUUUUUAGGCAAUAUAGAACAGGAAAAUGUCUGUUAGGAGAUUCUAGAACGAAGAAACGCCUUUCUAGGCUAUAAAAACAAGAAGUUCAAAAAGUUGAAAAAUUGACAUUUUUCCAAAGAGGUUAACCCAUGGUUUUAAUCCAAAAAUGGCCAUUUUUCGAACUUUUUUAUUUAGGCAAUUUCGAACAGGAAAAUGUCUUUUACGAUAUUCCAGAACAAAAAAACGCCUUUCUAGGCUAUAAAAAGAAGAAGUUCAAAAAAUUGAAAAAUUGACAUUUUUCCAAAGGGGUAAACCCAUGGUUUUGGUCCAGAAAUGGCGAUUUUUCCAAUCUUUAUUUUUAGAGAAUAUAGGCCAGGAAAAUGUCUUUUACGAUAUUCUAAAACGAAAAAACGCCUUUCUAGGCUAUAAAAACAAGAAGUUUAAAAAGGCGAAAAAUUGACAUUUUUCCAAAGAGGUUAACCCAUGGUUUUGGUCCAGAAAUGGCCAUUUUUCCAACUUUUUUCUUUAGGCAAUAUACAACAGGAAAAUGUCUUUUACGAUAUUCUAGAACGAAAAAACGCCUUUCUAGGCUAUAAAAACAAAAAGUUCAAAAAGUCGAAAAAUUGACAUUUUUCCAAAGGGGUUAAUCCAUGUUUUUGGUCCAAAUAUGGCCAUUUUUCCAACUUUUUUUUUAGGCAAUAUAGAACAGGAAAAUGUCUUUUACGAUAUUCUAAAACGAAAACACGCCUUUCUAGGCUAUAAAAACAUGAAGUUCAAAAAGUCGAGAAAUGGACAUUUCUCCAAAGCGGUUAACCCAUGGUUUUUCUCAAAAAAAGGCCAUUUCUCCAUCUCUUUGUUUUUAAGCAAUAUAGAACAGGAAAAUAUCUUUUACGAUAUUCUAGAAAGAAAAAACGCCUGUCUAGGGCAUCAAAACAAGAAGUUCAAAAAGUCGGAAAAUUGACAUUUUUCCAAAGGGGGUAACCCAUGGUUUUGGUGCAAAAAUGGCCAUUUUUCCAACUUUUUCUUUUAGGCGAUACAGACCAGGAAAAUGUCUUUUACGAUAUUCUAGAACGGAAAAACGCCUUUCUAGGCUAUAAAAACAAGAAGUUCAAAAAGUCGAAAAAUUGACAUUUUUCCAAAGCGGUUAACCCAUGGUUUUCGUGUAAAAAUGGCCAUUUUUCAAACUUUUUUUUUCAGGCAAUAUAGAACAGGAAAAUGUCUUUUACGAUAUUCUAGAACGAAAAAACGCCUGUCUAGGCUAUAAAAACAAGAAGUUCAAAAAGUCGAAAAAUUGACAUUUUUCCAAAGGGGUUAACGCGUGGUUUUGGUCCAAAAUUGGCCAUUUUUCCAACUUUUUUUUUUAGACAAUAUAGAGGAGGAAAAUGUCUCUUACAAUAUUCUAGACCGAAAAAACGCCUUUCUAGGCUAUAAAAACAAGAAGUUCAAAAAGUUGAAAAAUUGACAUUUUUCCAAAGGGGUUAACCCAUGGUUUUAGUCCAAAAAUGGCCAUUUUUCCAACUUUCUUUUUUAGGCAAUAUAGGCCAGGAAAAGGUCGUUUACGAUAUUCUUGAACGAAAAAAUGUCUUUCUAGCCUAUAAAAACAAGAAGUUCAAAAAGUCGACAAAUUGACAUUUCUCCAAAGGGGCUAACCCAUGGUUUUGGUGCAAAUAUAGCCAUUGUUCAAACUUUUUGUUUCAUUCAAUAUAGAACAGGAAAAUGUCUUUUACGAUAUUCUAGAACGAAAAACGCUUUUCUAGGCUAUUAAAACAAGAACUUCAAAAAGUCCAAAAAUUAACAUUUUUCCAAAGGGGUUAACCCAUGGUUUUUGUGGAAAAAUGGCCAUUUUUGAAACUUUUUGUUUCAGGCAAUAUAGAACAGGAAAAUGUCUUUUACGAUAUUCUAGAACGAGAAAACGCCUGUCUAGGCUAUAAAAACAAGAAGUUCAAAAAGUCGAAAAAUUGACAUUUUUCCAAAGGGGGUAACCCAUGGUUUUGGUGCAAAAAUGGCCAUUUUUCCAACUUUUUUUUUUUCCGCAAUAUAGAACAGGAAAAUAUCUUUUACGAUAUUCUAGAAAGAAAAACGCCUGUCUAGGGUAUCAAAACAAGAAGUUCUAAAACUCGAAAAAUUGACAUUUUUCCAAAGGGGUUAACGCGUGGUUUUGGUCCAAAGUUGGCCAUUUUUCCAACUCUUUUUUUUAGGCAAUAUAGAGGAGGAAAAUGUCUCUUACAAUAUUCUAGACCGAAAAAACGCCUUUCUAGGCUAUAAAAACAAGAAGUUCAAAAAGUCGAAAAAUUGACAUUUUUCCAAAGGGGUUAACCCAUGGUUUUGGUCCAAAAAUGGCCAUUGUUCCAACUUUCUUUUUUAGGCAAUAUAGGCCAGGAAAAGGUCUUUUACGAUAUUCUAGAACGAAAAAACGUCUUUCUAGGCUAUAAAAACAAGAAGUUCAAAAAGUCGACAAAUUGACAUUUCUCCAAAGGGGUUAACCCAUGGUUUUGGUGCAAAAAUAGCCAUUUUUCCAACUUUUUCUUUUAGGCGAUACAGACCAGGAAAAUGUCUUUUAGGAUAUUCUAGAACGGAAAAACGCCUUUCUAGGCUAUAAAAACAAGAAGUUCAAAAAGUCGACAAAUUGACAUUUUUCCAAAGCGGUUAACCCAUGGUUUUCGUGUAAAAAUGGCCAUUUUUCAAACUUUUUUUUUCAGGCAAUAUAGAACAGGAAAAUGUCUUUUACGAUAUUCUAGAACGAAAAAAAGUCUUUCUAGGCUAUAAAAACAAGGAGUUCAAAAAGUCGACAAAUUGACAUUUCUCUAAAGGGGCUACCCCAUGGUUUUCGUGCAAAUAUAGCCAUUGUUCAAACUUUUUGUUUCUUUCAACAUAGAACAGGAAAAUGUCUUUUCCGAUAUUCUAGAACAAAAAACGCUUUUCUAGGCUAUAAAAACAAGAAGUUCAAAAAGUCCAAAAAUUGACAGUUUUCCAAAGGGGUUAACCCAUUGUUUCGGUGCAAAAAUGGCCAUUUUCCAAACUUUUUGUUACAUUCAAUAUAGAACAGGAAAAUGUCUUUUACGAUAUUCUACAACGAGAAAACGCCUUUCUAGGCUAUUAAAACAAGAACUUCAAAAAGUCCAAAAAUUGACAUUUUUCCAAAGGGGUUAAACCAUGGUUUUGGUCCAAAAAUGGCCAUUUUUCCAACUUUCUUUUUUAGGCAAUAUAGGCCAGGAAAAUGUCUUUUGCGAUAUUCUAGAACGAAAAAACGCCGUUCUAGGCUAUAAAAACAAAAAGUUCAAAAAGUCGACAAAUUGACAUUUCUUCAAAGGGGUUAACCCAUGGUGUUGAUGCAAAAAUAGCCAUUUUUCAAACUUUUUGUUUCAUUCAAUAUAGAACAGGAAAAUGUCUUUUACGAUAUUCUAGAACGAAAAAAGGCAUUUCUCGGCUAUAAAAACAAGAAGUUCAAAAAGUCCAAAAAUUGACAUUUUUCCAAAGAGGUUAACCCAUAGUUUUGGUCCAAAAACGGCCAUUUUUACUACUUUUUGUUUCAGUCAAUAUAGAACAGGAAAAUGUCUUUUACGAUAUUCUAGAACGAAAAAACCCCUUUCUAGGCUAUAAAAACCAGAAGAUCAAAAAGUCAAAAAAAUUGACAUUUUUCCGAAGGGGUUAACCCAUGCUUUUGGUCCAAAAAUGGCCAUUUUUCCAACUUUUUGUGUUAGGUAAUAUAGAACAGGAAAAUGUCUUUUAGGAUAUUCUAGAACGAAAAAACGCCUUUCUAGGCUAUAAAAACAAGAAGUUCAAAAAGUCGAAAAAUUAACAUUUUUCCAAAGGGGUUAACCCAUGGUUUUGGUCCAGAAAUGGCCAUUUUUCCAACCUUUUGUUUUAGGGAAUAAAGGCCUGGAAAAUGUCUUUUACGAUAUUCUAGAACGAAAAAACGCCUUUCUAGGCUAUAAAAACAAGAAGUUUAAACAGGCGAAAAAUUGACAUUUUUCCAAAGGGGUUAACCCAUGGUUUUGGUCCAAAAAUGGCCAUUUUUGAAACUUUUUGUUGCAGGCAAUAUAGGCCAGGAAAAUGUCUUUUAGGAUAUUCUAGAACGAAAAAACGCCUUUCGAGGCUAUAAAAAGAAGAAGAUCAAAAAGUCGAAAAAUUGACAUUUUUUUUUAAAAAGGUUAACCCAUGGUUUUGGUCCAAAAAUGGCCAUUUUUGAAACUUUUUGUUGCAGGCAAUAUAGGCCAGGAAAAUGUCUUUUAGGAUAUUCUAGAACGAAAAAACGCCUUUCUAGGCUAUAAAAACAAGAAGAUCAAAAAGUCGUAAAAUUGACAUUUUUCAAAAGGGGUUAACCCAUGGUUUUGGUCCAAAAAUGGCCAUUUUUUCAAGUUUUUUCUUUAGCCAAUAUCCAACCGGAAAAUGUCUUUUACAAUAUUCUAGAACGGAAAAACGCCUUUCUAGGCUAUAAAAACAAGAAGUUCAAAAAGUCGAAAAUUUGACAUUUUCCUAAAGGGGUUAACCCAUGGUUUUGGUGCAAAAAUGGCCAUUUUUCAAACUUUUUGUUUCAGGCAAUAUAGAACAAGAAAAUGUCUUUUACGAUAUUCUAGAACGAAAAUACGCCUUUCUAGGCUAUAAAAACAAGAAGUUCAAAAGUCGAAAAAUUGACAUUUUUCCAAAGGGGUUAACCCAUGGUUUUGGUGCAAAAAUGGCCAUUUUUCAAACUUUUUGUUUCAUUCAAUAUAGAACAGGAAAAUGUCUUUUACGAUAUUCUAGAACGAAAAAACUUCUUUUCUAGGCUAUAAAAACCAGAAGUUCAAAAAGUGGAAAAAUUGACAUUUUUCCAAAUGGGUUAACCCAUGGUUUUGGUGCAAAAAUGGCCAUUUUUCAAACUUUUUGUUUCAGGCAAUAUAGAACAGGAAAAUGUCUUUUACGAUAUUCUAGAACGAAAAAACGCCUUUCUAGGCUAUAAAAACAAGAAGUUGAAAAAGUCGAAAAUUUGACAUUUUUCCAAAGGGGUUAUCCAUGGUUUUGGUCCAGAAAUGGCCAUUUUUCCAACCUUUUGUUUUAGGGAAUAUAGGCCUGGAAAAUGUCUUUUACGAUAUUCUAGAACGGAAAAACGACUUUCUAGGCUAUAAAAACAAGAAGUUCAAAAAGUCGAAAAAUUGACAUUUUUCCAAAGGGGUUAACCCAUGGUUUUGGUGCAAAAAUGGCCAUUUUUCAAACUUUUUGUUUCAUUCAAUAUAGAACAGGAAAAUGUCUUUUACGAUAUUCUAGAACGAAAAAACUCCUUUCUAGGCUAUAAAAACAAGAAGUUCAAAAAGUGGAAAAAUUGACAUUUUUCCAAAUGGGUUAACCCAUGGUUUUGGUCCAAAAAUGGCCAUUUUUCCAACUUUUUUUUUUAGGCAAUAUAGGACAGGAAAAUGUCUUUUACGAUAUUCUAGAACGAAAAAACGUCUUUCUAGGCUAUAAAAACAAGAAGUUCAAAAAGUCGAAAAAUUGACAUUUUUCCAAAGAGGUUAACCCAUGGUGUUGGUCCAAAAAUGGCCAUUUUUCCAACUUUUUUUUUAAGGGAAUAUAGAACAGGAAAAUGUCUUUUACGAUAUUCUAGAACGAAAAAACGCCUUUCUAGGCUAUAAAAACAAGAAGUUCAAAAAGUCGAAAACUUGACAUUUUUCCAAAGGGGUUAACCCAUGGUUUUAAUCCAGAAAUGGUCAUUUUUCCAAUCUUUUUUUUUAGAGAAUAUAGGCCAGGAAAAUGUCUUUUACGAUAUUCUAAAACGAAAAAACGUCUUUCUAGGCUAUAAAAACAAGAAGUUAAAAAAGGCGAAAAAUUACGAUUUUUCCAAAGAGGUUAACCCAUGGUUUUGGUCCAGAAAUGGCCAUUUUUCCAACUUGUUUCUUUAGGCAAUAUACAACAGGAAAAUUUCUUUUACGAUAUUCUAGAACGAAAAAACGCCUUUCUAGGAUAUAAAAACAAGAAGUUCAAAAAGUGUAAAAAUUGACAUUUUUCCAAAGGGGUUAACCCAUGCUUUUGGUCCAAAAAUAGCCAUUUUUUCAAUCUUUUUUUUUAGAGAAUAUAGGCCAGGAAAAUGUCUUUUACGAUAUUCUUGAAGGGAAAAACGCCUUUCUAGGCUAUAAAAACAAGAAGUUCAAAAAGUCGACAAAUUGACAUUUCUCCAAAGGGGCUAACCCAUGGUUUUGGUGCAAAUAUAGCCAUUGUUCAAACAUUUUUUUUUUAGGCAAUAUAGAACAGGAAAAUGUCUUUUACGAUAUUCUAAAACGAAAACACGCUAUUCUAGGCAAUAAAAACAAGAAGUUCAAGAAGUCGAGAAAUUGACAUUUCUCCAAAGCGGUUAACCCAUGGUUUUUGUCCAAAAAUGGCCAUUUCUCCAUCUUUUUGUUUUUAAGCAAUAUAGAACAGGAAAAUGUCUUUUACGAUAUUCUAGAAAGAAAAAACGCCUUUCUAGGCUAUAAAAACAAGAAGUUCAAAAAGUCGAAAAUUUGUCAUUUUUCCAAAGGGGUUAACCCAUGGUUUUGGUGCAAAAAUGGCCAUUUUUCAAACUUUUUGUUCCAUUCAAUAUAGAACAGGAAAAUAUCUUUUACGAUAUUCUAGAACGAAAAAACGCCUUUCUAGGCUAUAAAAACAAAAAGUUUAAAAAGUCGACAAAUUGACAUUUUUCCAAGGGGGUUAAUCCAUGUUUUUGGUCCAAAUAUGGCCAUUUUUCCACCUUUUUUUUUAGCCAAUAUAGAACAGAAAAAUGUCUUUUAGGAUAUUCUAGAACGAAAAAAAGCCUUUCUAGGCUAUAAAAACAAGAAGUUCAAAAAGUCGAAAAAUUGACAUUUUUCCAAAGGGGUUAACCCAUUGUUUUGGUCCAAAAAUGGCCAUUUUUAAAACUUUUUGUUUGAGGCAAUAUAGGCCAGGAAAAUGUCUUUUACGAUAUUCUAGAACGAAAAAAGCCCUUUCUAGGCUAUAAAAACAAGAAGGUCAAAAAGUCGAAAAAUUGACAUUUUUCCGAAGGGGUUAACCCAUGCUUUUGGUCCAAAAAUAGCCAUUUUUCCAACUUUUUGUGUUAGGUAAUAUAGAACAGGAAAAUGUCUUUUAGGAUAUUCUAGAACGAAAAAAAGCCUUUCUAGGCUAUAAAAACAAGAAGUUCAAAAAGUCGAAAAUUUGACAUUUUUCCAAUCUUUUUUUUUAGAGAAUAUGGGCGAGGAAAAUGUCUUUUACGAUAUUCUAGAAGGGAAAAACGCCUUUCUAGGCUGUAAAAACAAGAAGUUCAAAAAGGCGAAAAAUUGACAUUUUUCCAAAGGGGUUAACCCAUGGUUUUGGUCCAAAAAUGGCCAUUUUUGAAACUUUUUGUUUCAGGCAAUAUAGGCCAGGAAAAUGUCUUUUACGAUAUUCUAGAACGAAAAAACGCCUUUCUAGGCUAUAAAAAGAAGAAAUUCAAAAAGUCGAAAAAGUGACAUUUUCUCAAAGGGGUUAACCCGUGGUUUUGGUCCAAAAAUGGCCAUUUUUUUAAGUUUUUUCUUUAGGCAAUAUCGAACCGGAAAAUGUCUUUUACGAUAUUCUAGAACGGAAAAACGCCCUUCUAGGCUAUAAAAACAAAAAGUUCAAAAAGUCGAAAAAUUGACAUUUUUCCAAAGGGGUUAACCCAUGCUUUUGGUCCAAAAAUAGCCAUUUUUCCAACUUUUUGUGUUAGAUAAUAUAGAACAGGAAAAUGUCUUUUACGAUAUUCUAGAAGGGAAAAACGCCUUUCUAGGCUAUAAAAACAAGAAGUUCAAAAAGGCGAAAAAUUGACAUUUUUCCAAAGGGGUUAACCCAUGGUUUUGGUCCAAAAAUGGCCAUUUUUGAAACUUUUUGUUUGAGGCAAUAUAGGCCAGGAAAAUGUCUUUUACGAUAUUCUAGAACGAAAAAACGCCUUUCUAGGCUAUAAAAAGAAGAAGUUCAAAAAGUCAAAAAAGUGACAUUUUCUCAAAGGGGUUAACCCAUGGUUUUGGUCCAAAAAUGGCCAUUUUUCCAACUUUUUUUCUUAGGCAAUAUCAAAGAGGAAAAUGUCUUUUACGAUAUUCUAGAACGAACGAACGCUUUUCUAGGCUAUCAAAACAAAAAGUUCAAAAAGUCGUAAAAUUGACAUUUUUCCAAAGGGGUUAACCCAUGGUUUUGGUCCAAAAAUGGCCAUUUUUUUAAGUUUUUUCUUUAGGCAAUAUCGAACCGGAAAAUGUCUUUUACGAUCUUCUAGAACGAAAAAACGUCUUUCUAGGCUAUAAAAACAAGAAGUUCAAAAAGUGGAAAAAUUGAACGAAAAAACUCCUUUCUAGGCUAUAAAAACAAGAAGUUCAAAAAGUCGAAAAAUUGACAUUUUUCAAAAGAGGUUAACCCAUGGUUUUGGUCCAAAAAUGGCCAUUUUUCCAACUUUUUUUUUAAGGGAAUAUAGAACAGGAAAAUGUCUUUUAGGAUAUUCUAGAACGAAAAAACGCCUUUGCAGGCUAUAAAAACAAGAAGUUCAAAAAGUCGAAAAAUUGACAUUUUUCCAAAGGGGUUAACGCAUGGUUUUGGUCCAGAAAUGGCCAUUUUUCCAAUCUUUUUUUUUAGAGAAUAUAGGCCAGGAAAAUGUCUUUUACGAUAUUCUAAAACGAAAAAACGCCUUUCUAGGCUAUAAAAACGAGAAGUUAAAAAAGGCGUAAAAUUGAUAUUUUUCCAAAGAGGUUAACCCAUGGUUUUGGUCCCUAAAUGGCCAUUUUUCCAACUUUUUUCUUUAGGCAAUAUACAACAGGAAAAUGUCUUUUACGAUAUUCUAGAACGAAAAAACGUUUUUCUAGGCUAUAAAAACAAAAAGUUUAAAAAGUCGACAAAUUGACAUUUUUCCAAGGGGGUUAAUCCAUUUUUUUUGUCCAAAUAUGGCCAUUUUUCCACCUUUUUUUUUAGCCAAUAUAGAACAGAAAAAUGUCUUUUACGAUAUUCUAGAACGAAAAAACGCCUCUCUAGGGUAUAAAAACAGGAAAUUUAAAACGUCGAAAAAUUGACAUUUUUGCUGAGGGGUUAACCCAUUGUUUUGGUCCAAAAAUGGCCAUUUUUCCAACAUUUUUUUUUAGGCAAUAUAGAACAGGAAAAUGUUCUUUACGAUAUUCUAAAACGAAAACACGCCUUUCUAGGCUAUAAAAACAAGAAGUUCAAAAAGUCCAAAAAUUGACAUUUUUCCAAAGGGGGUAACCCAUGGUUUUGGUGCAAAAAUGGCCAUUUUUCCAACUUUUUCUUUUAGGCGAAAUAGACCAGGAAAAUGUCUUUUACGAUAUUCUAGAACGGAAAAACGCCUUUCUAGGCUAUAAAAAAAAAAAGUUCAAAAAGUCGAAAAAUUGACAUUUUUCCAAAGGGGUUAACCCAUGGUUUUGGUCCAAAAAUGGCCAUUUUUCCAACUUUUGUUUUUUUAGGCAAUAUACAACAAGAAAAUAUCUUUUACGAUAUUCUAGAACAAAGAGACGCCUUUCUAGGCUAUAAAAACAAGAAGUUCAAAAAGUCAAAAAAUUAACAUUUUUCCAAAGGGGUUAACCCAUGCUUUUGGUCCAAAAGUAGCCAUUUUUCCAACUUUUUCUGUUAGGCGAUAUAGACCAGGAAAAUGUCUUUUACGAUAUUCUAGAACGGAAAAACGCCUUUCUAGGCUAUAAAAACAAAAAGUUCAAAAAGUCGAAAAAUUGACAUUUUUCCAAAGGGGUUAACCCAUGGUUUUGGUCCAAAAAUGGCCAUUUUUAAAACUUUUUGUUUGAGGUAAUAUAGGCCAGGAAAAUGUCUUUUACGAUAUUCUAGAACGAAAAAAGCCCUUUCUAGGCUAUAAAAACAAGAAGGUCAAAAAGUCGAAAAAUUGACAUUUUUCCGAAGGGGUUAACCCAUGCUUUUGGUCCAAAAAUAGCCAUUUUUCCAACUUUUUGUGUUAGGUAAUAUAGAACAGGAAAAUGUCUUUUAGGAUAUUCUAGAACGAAAAAAAGCCUUUCUAGGCUAUAAAAAAAAGAAGUUCAAAAAGUCGAAAAAUUGACAUUUUUCCAAUCUUUUUUUUUAGAGAAUAUGGGCCAGGAAAAUGUCUUUUACGAUAUUCUAGAAGGGAAAAACGCCUUUCUAGGCUAUAAAAACAAGAAGUUCAAAAAGGCGAAAAAUUGACAGUUUUCCAAAGGGGUUAACCCAUGGUUUUGGUCCAAAAAUGGCCAUUUUUGAAACUUUUUAUUUCAGGCAAUAUAGGCCAGGAAAAUGUCUUUUACGAUAUUCUAGAACGAAAAAACGCCUUUCUAGGCUAUAAAAAGAAGAAGUUCAAAAAGUCGAAAAAGUGACAUUUUCUCAAAGGGGUUAACCCAUGGUUUUGGUCCAAAAAUGGCCAUUUUUCCAACUUUUUUUCUUAGGCAAUAUCAAAGAGGAAAAUGUCUUUUACGAUAUUCUAGAACGAAAGAACGCAUUCCUAGGCUAUCAAAACAAAAAGUUCAAAAAGUCGUAAUAUUGACAUUUUUCCAAAGGGGUUAACCCAUGGUUUUGGUCCAAAAAUGGCCAUUUUUCCAACUUUUUUUCUUAGGCAAUAUCAAAGAGGAAAAUGUCUUUUACGAUAUUCUAGAACGAAAGAACGCUUUUCUAGGCGAUCAAAACAAAAAGUUCAAAAAGUCGUAAAAUUGACAUUUUUCUAAAGGGGUUAACCCAUGGUUUUGGUCCAAAAGUGGCCAUUUUUUUAAGUUUUUUCUUUAGGCAAUAUCGAACCGGAAAAUGUCUUUUACGAUCUUCUAGAACGAAAAAACGCCUUUCUAGGCUAUAAAAACAAGAAGUUCAAAAAGUCGAAAAAUUGACAUUUUUCCAAUCUUUUUUUUUAGAGAAUAUAGGCCAGGAAAAUGUCUUUUACGAUAUUCUAGAAGGGAAAAACGCCUUUCUAGGCUAUAAAAACAAGAAGUUCAAAAAGGCGAAAAAUUGACAUUUUUCCAAAGGGGUUAACCCAUGGUUUUGGUCCAAAAAUGACCAUUUUUGAAACUUUUUGUUUCACGCAAUAUAGGCCAGGAAAAUGUCUUUUACGAUAUUCUAGAACGAAAAAACGCCUUUCUAUGCUAUAAAAAGAAGAAGUUCAAAAAGUCGAAAAAGUGACAUUUUCUCAAAGGGGUUAACCCAUGGUUUUGGUCCAAAAAUGGCCAUUUUUCCAACUUUUUUGCUUAGGCAAUAUCAAAGAGGAAAAUGUCUUUUACGAUAUUCUAGAACAAAAGAACGCUUUUCUAGGGUAUCAAAACAAAAAGUUCAAAAAGUCGUAAAAUUGACAUUUUUCCAAAGGGGUUAACCCAUGGUUUUGGUCCAAAAGUGGCCAUUUUUUAAAGUUUUUUCUUUAGGCAAUAUCGAACCGGAAAAUGUCUUUUACGAUCUUCUAGAACGAAAAAACGUCUUUCUAGGCUAUAAAAACAAGAAGUUCAAAAAGGGAAAAAUUGAACGAAAAAACUCCUUUCUGGGCUAUAAAAACAAGAAGUUCAAAAAGUGGAAAAAUUGACAUUUUUCCAAAUGGGUUAACCCAUGGUUUUGGUGCAAAAAUGGCCAUUUUUCAAAGUUUUUGUUUCAGGCAAUAUAGAACAGGAAAAUGUCUUUUACGAUAUUCUAGAACGAAAAAACGCCUUUCUAGGCUAUAAAAACAAGAAGUUCAAAAAGUCGAAAAACUGAUAUUUUUCCAAAGAGGUUAACCCAUGGUUUUGGUCCAAAAAUGGCCAUUUUUCCAACUUUUUUUUUAAGGGAAUAUAGAACAGGAAAAUGUCUUUUACGAUAUUCUAGAACGAAAAAAAGCUUUUCUAGGCUAUAAAAACAAGAAGUUCAAAAAGUCGAAAAAUUGACAUUUUUCCAAUCUUUUUGUUUAGAGAAUAUAGGCCAGGAAAAUGUCUUUUACGAUAUUCUAGAAGGGAAAAACGCCUUUCUAGGCUAUAAAAACAAGAAGUUCAAAAAGGCGAAAAAUUGACAUUUUUCCAAAGGGGUUAACCCAUGGUUUUGGUCCAAAAAUGGCCAUUUUUGAAACUUUUUGUUUCACGCAAUAUAGGCCAGGAAAAUGUCUUUUACGAUAUUCUAGAACGAAAAAACGCCUUUCUAGGCUAUAAAAAGAAGAAGUUCAAAAAGUCGAAAACGUGACAUUUUCUCAAAGGGGUUAACCCAUGGUUUUGGUCCAAAAAUGGCCAUUUUUCCAACUUUUUUUUGUUAGGCAAUAUCAAAGAGGAAAAUGUCUUUUACGAUAUUCUAGAACGAAAGAACGCUUUUCUAGGCUAUCAAAACAAAAAGUUCAAAAAGUCGUAAAAUUGACAUUUUUCCAAAGGGGUUAACCCAUGGUUUUGGUCCAAAAAUGGCCAUUUUUUUAAGUUUUUUCUUUAGGCAAUAUCGAACCAGAAAAUGUCUUUUACGAUCUUCUAGAACGAAAAAACGUCUUUCUAGGCUAUAAAAACAAGAAGUUCAAAAAGUGGAAAAAUUGAACGAAAAAACUCCUUUCUAGGCUAUAAAAACAAGAAGUUCAAAAAGUGGAAAAAUUGACAUUUAUCCAAAUGGGUUAACCCAUGGUUUUGGUGCAAAAAUCGCCAUUUUUCAAACUUUUUGUUUCAGGCAAUAUAGAACAGGAAAAUGUCUUUUACGAUAUUCUAGAACGAAAAAACGCUUUUCUAGGCUAUAAAAACAAGAAGUUCAAAAAGUCGAAAAAUUGAUAUUUUUCCAAAGAGGUUAACCCAUGGUUUUGGUCCAAAAAUGGCCAUUUUUCCAACUUUUUUUUUAAGGGAAUAUAGAACAGGAAAAUGUCUUUUACGAUAUUCUAGAACGAAAAAAAGCCUUUCUAGGCUAUAAAAACAAGAAGUUCAAAAAGUCGAAAAAUUGACAUUUUUCCAAUCUUUUUUUUUAGAGAAUAUAGGCCAGGAAAAUGUCUUUUACGGUAUUCUAGAAGGGAAAAACGCCUUUCUAGGCUAUAAAAACAAGAAGUUCAAAAAGGCGAAAAAUUGACAUUUUUCCAAAGGGGUUAACCCAUGGUUUUGGUCCAAAAAUGGCCAUUUUUGAAACUUUUUGUUUCACGCAAUAUAGGCCAGGAAAAUGUCUUUUACGAUAUUCUAGAACGAAAAAACGCCUUUCUAGGCUAUAAAAAGAAGAAGUUCAAAAAGUCGAAAAUGUGACAUUUUCUCAAAGGGGUUAACCCAUGGUUUUGGUCCAAAAAUGGCCAUUUUUCCAACUUUUUUUCUUAGGCAAUAUCAAAGAGGAAAAUGUCUUUUACGAUAUUCUAGAACGAAAGAACGCUUUUCUAGGCUAUCAAAACAAAAAGUUCAAAAAGUCCUAAAAUUGACAUUUUUCCAAAGGGGUUAACCCAUGGUUUUGGUCCAAAAAUGGCCAUUUUUGAAACUUUUUGUUUCACGCAAUAUAGGCCAGGAAAAUGUCUUUUACGAUAUUCUAGAACGAAAAAACUCCUUUCUAGGCUAUAAAAAGAAGAAGUUCAAAAAGUCGAAAAUGUGACAUUUUCUCAAAGGGGUUAACCCUUGGUUUUGGUCCAAAAAUGGCCAUUUUUCCAACUUUUUUUCUUAGGCAAUAUCAAAGAGGAAAAUGUCUUUUACGAUAUUCUAGAACGAAAGAACGCUUUUCUAGGCUAUCAAAACAAAAAGUUCAAAAAGUCGUAAAAUUGACAUUUUUCCAAAGGGGUUAACCCAUGGUUUUGGUCCAAAAAUGGCCAUUUUUUUAAGUUUUUUCUUUAGGCAAUAUCGAACCGGAAAAUGUCUUUUACGAUCUUCUAGAACGAAAAAACGUCUUUCUAGGCUAUAAAAACAAGAACUUCAAAAAGUGGAAAAAUUGAACGAAAAAACUCCUUUCUAGGCUAUAAAAACAAGAAGUUCAAAAAGUGGAAAAAUUGACAUUUUUCCAAAUGGGUUAACCCAUGGUUUUGGUGCAAAAAUGGCCAUUUUUCAAACUUUUUGUUUCAGGCAAUAUAGAACAGGAAAAUGUCUUUUACGAUAUUCUAGAACGAAAAAACACCUUGUAGGCUAUAAAAACAAGAAGUUCAAAAAGUCGAAAAAUUGACAUUUUUCCAAAGAGGUUAACCCAUGGUUUUGGUCCAAAAAUGGCCAUUUUUCCAACUUUUUUUUUAAGGGAAUAUAGAACAGGAAAAUGUCUUUUACGAUAUUCUAGAACGAAAAAACGCCUUUCCAGGCUAUAAAAACAAGAAGUUCAAAAAGUCGAAAAAUUGACAUUUUUCCAAAGGGGUUAACGCAUGGUUUUGGUCCAGAAAUGGCCAUUUUUCCAAUCUUUUUUUUUAGAGAAUAUAGGCCAGGAAAAUGUCUUUUACGAUAUUCUAAAACGAAAAAACGCCUUUCUAGGCUAUAAAAACGAGAAGUUAAAAAAGACGUAAAAUUGAUAUUUUUCCAAAGAGGUCAACCCAUGGUUUUGGUCCAGAAAUGGCCAUUUUUCCAACUUUUUUCUUUAAGCAAUAUACAACAGGAAAAUGUCUUUUACGAUAUUCUAGAACGAAAAAACGCCUUUCUAGGCUAUAAAAAGAAAAAGUUGAAAAAGUCGACAAAUUGACAUUUUUCCAAGGGGGUUAAUCCAUGUUUUUGGUCCAAAUAUGGCCAUUUUUCCACCUUUUUUUUUAGGCAAUAUAGAACAGAAAAAUGUCUUUUACGAUAUUCUAGAACGAAAAAACGCCUUUCUAGGGUAUAAAAACAGGAAAUUUAAAACGUCGAAAAAUUGACAUUUUUGCAGAGGGGUUAACCCAUUGUUUUGGUCCAAAAAUGGCCAUUUUUCCAACAUUUUUUUUUAGGCAAUAUAGAACAGGAAAAUGUCCUUUACGAUAUUCUAGAACGAAAAAACGCCUUUCUAGGCUAUAAAAACAAGAAGUUCAAAAAGUCGAAAAAUUGACAUGUUUCCAAAGGGGGUAACCCAUGGUUUUGGUGCAAAAAUGGCCAUUUUUCCAACUUUUUCUUUUAGGCGAUAUAGACCAGGAAAAUGUCUUUUACGAUAUUCUAGAACGGAAAAACGCCUUUCUACGCUAUAAAAACAAAAAGUUCAAAAAGUCGAAAAAUUGACAUUUUUCCAAACGGGUUAACCCAUGGUUUUGGUCCAAAAAUGGCCAUUUUUCCAACUUUUGUUUUUUUAGGCAAUAUACAACAAGAAAAUGUCUUUUACGAUAUUCUAGAACGGAAAUUCGCCUUUCUAGGCUAUAAAAACAAGAAGUUCAAAAAGUCAAAAAAUUAACAUUUUUCCAAAGGGGUUAACCCAUGCUUUUGGUCGAAAAAUGGCCAUUUUUAAAACUUUUUGUUUGAGGCAAUAUAGGCCAGGAAAAUGUCUUUUACGAUAUUCUAGAACGAAAAAAGCCCUUUCUAGGCUAUAAAAACAAGAAGGUCAAAAAGUCGAAAAAUUGACAUUUUUCCGAAGGGGUUAACCCAUGCUUUUGGUCCAAAAAUAGCCAUUUUUCCAACUUUUUGUGUUAGGUAAUAUAGAACAGGAAAAUGUCUUUUAGGAUAUUCUAGAACGAAAAAAAGCCUUUCUAGGCUAUAAAAGCAAGAAGUUCAAAAAGUCGAAAAAUUGACAUUUUUCCAAUCUUUUUUUUUAGAGAAUAUGGGCCAGGAAAAUGUCUUUUACGAUAUUCUAGAAGGGAAAAACGCCUUUCUAGGCUAUAAAAACAAGAAGUUCAAAAAGGCGAAAAAUUGACAUUUUUCCAAAGGGGUUAACCCAUGGUUUUGGUCCAAAAAUGGCCAUUUUUGAAACUUUUUAUUUCAGGCAAUAUAGGCCAGGAAAAUGUCUUUUACGAUAUUCUAGAACGAAAAAACGCCUUUCUAGGCUAUAAAAAGAAGAAGUUCAAAAAGUCGAAAGAGUGACAUUUUCUCAAAGGGGUUAACCCAUGGUUUUGGUCCAAAAAUGGCCAUUUUUCCAACUUUUUUUCUUAGGCAAUAUCAAAGAGGAAAAUGUCUUUUACGAUAUUCUAGAACGAAAGAACGCAUUCCUAGGCUAUCAAAACAAAAAGUUCAAAAAGUCGUAAUAUUGACAUUUUUCCAAAGGGGUUAACCCAUGGUUUUGGUCCAAAAAUGGCCAUUUUUCCAACUUUUUUUCUUAGGCAAUAUCAAAGAGGAAAAUGUCUUUUACGAUAUUCUAGAACGAAAGAACGCUUUUCUAGGCUAUCAAAACAAAAAGUUCAAAAAGUCGUAAAAUUGACAUUUUUCCAAAGGGGUUAACCCAUGGUUUUGGUCCAAAAGUGGCCAUUUUUUAAAGUUUUUUCUUUAGGCAAUAUCGAACCGGAAAAUGUCUUUUACGAUCUUCUAGAACGAAAAAACGUCUUUCUAGGCUAUAAAAACAAGAAGUUCAAAAAGUGGAAAAAUUGAACGAAAAAACUCCUUUCUAGGCUAUAAAAACAAGAAGUUCAAAAAGUGGAAAAAUUGACAUUUUUCCAAAUGGGUUAACCCAUGGUUUUGGUGCAAAAAUGGCCAUUUUUCAAACUUUCUGUUUCAGGCAAUAUAGAACAAGAAAAUGUCUUUUACGAUAUUCUAGAACGAAAAAACGCCUUUCUAGGCUAUAAAAACAAGAAGUUCAAAAAGUCGAAAAAUUGAUAUUUUUCCAAAGAGGUUAACCCAUGCUUUUGGUCCAAAAAUGGCCAUUUUUCCAACUUUUUUUUUAAGGGAAUAUAGAACAGGAAAAUGUCUUUUACGAUAUUCUAGAACGAAAAAAAGCCUUUCUAGGCUAUAAAAACAAGAAGUUCAAAAAGUCGAAAAAUUGACAUUUUUCCAAUCUUUUUUUUUAGAGAAUAUAGGCCAGGAAAAUGUCUUUUACGAUAUUCUAGAAGGGAAAAACGCCUUUCUAGGCUAUAAAAACAAGAAGUUCAAAAAGGCGAAAAAUUGACAUUUUUCCAAACGGGUUAACCCAUGGUUUUGGUCCAAAAAUGGCCAUUUUUGAAACUUUUUGUUUCACGCAAUAUAGGCCAGGAAAAUGUCUUUUACGAUAUUCUAGAACGAAAAAACGUCUUUCUAGGCUAUAAAAAGAAGAAGUUCAAAAAGUCGAAAAAGUGACAUUUUCUCAAAGGGGUUAACCCAUGGUUUUGGUCCAAAAAUGGCCAUUUUUCCAACUUUUUUUUGUUAGGCAAUAUCAAAGAGGAAAAUGUCUUUUACGAUAUUCUAGAACGAAAGAACGCUUUUCUAGGCUAUCAAAACAAAAAGUUCAAAAAGUCGUAAAAUUGACAUUUUUCCAAAGGGGUUAACCCAUGGUUUUGGUCCAAAAGUGGCCAUUUUUUUAAGUUUUUUCUUUAGGCAAUAUCGAACCGGAAAAUGUCUUUUACGAUCUUCUAGAACGAAAAAACGUCUUUCUAGGCUAUAAAAACAAGAAGUUCAAAAAGUGGAAAAAUUGAACGAAAAAACUUCUUUCUAGGCUAUAAAACAAGAAGUUCAAAAAAGUGGAAAAAUUGACAUUUUUUCAAAUGGGUUAACCCAUGGUUUUGGUGCAAAAUGGCCAUUUUUCAAACUUUUGUUUCAGGCAAUAUAGAACAGGAAAAUGUCUUUUACGAUAUUCUAGAACGAAAAACGCCUUUCUAGGCUAUAAAAACAAGAAGUUCAAAAAGUCGAAAAAUUGAUAUUUUUCCAAAGAGGUUAACCCAUGGUUUUGGUCCAAAAUGGCCAUUUUUCCAACUUUUUUUUUUAAGGGAAUAUAGAACAGGAAAAUGUCUUUUACGAUAUUCUAGAACGAAAAAAGCCUUUCUAGGCUAUAAAAACAAGAAGUUCAAAAAGUCGAAAAAUUGACAUUUUUCCAAUCUUUUUUUUAGAGAAUAUAGACCAGGAAAAUGUCUUUUACGGUAUUCUAGAAGGAAAAACGCCUUUCUAGGCUAUAAAAACAAGAAGUUCAAAAGGCGAAAAAUUGACUUUUUUUCCAAAGGGGUUAACCCAUGGUUUUGGUCCAAAAUGGCCAUUUUUGAAACUUUUUGUUUCACGCAAUAUAGGCCAGGAAAAUGUUUUUACGAUAUUCUAGAACGAAAAACGCCUUUCUAGGCUAUAAAAAGAAGAAGUUCAAAAAGUCGAAAGUGUGACAUUUUCUCAAAGGGGUUAACCCAUGGUUUUGGUCCAAAAAUGGCCAUUUUUCCAACUUUUUUUCUUAGGCAAUAUCAAAGAGGAAAAUGUCUUUUACGAUAUUCUAGAACGAAAGAACGCUUUUCUAGGCUAUCAAAACAAAAAGUUCAAAAAGGCGUAAAAUUGAAAUUUUUCCAAAGGGGUUAACCCAUGGUUUUGGUCCAAAAAUGGCCAUUUUUUUAAUUUUUUUCUUUAGGCAAUAUCCAACCGGAAAAUGUCUUUUACGAUCUUCUAGAACGAAAAAACGUCUUUCUAGGCUAUAAAAACAAGAAGUUCAAAAAGUGGAAAAAUUGAACGAAAAAACUGCUUUCUAGGCUAUAAAAACAAGAAGUUCAAAAAGUGGAAAAAUUGACAUUUUUCCAAAUGGGUUAACCCAUGGUUUUGGUGCAAAAAUGGCCAUUUUUCAAACUUUUUGUUUCAGGCAAUAUAGAACAGGAAAAUGUCUUUUACGAUAUUCUAGAACGAAAAAACGCCUUUCUAGGCUAUAAAAACAAGAAGUUCAAAAAGUCGAAAAAUUGACAUUUUUCCAAAGAGGUUAACCCAUGGUUUUGGUCCAAAAAUGGCCAUUUUUCCAACUUUUUUUUUAAGGGAAUAUAGAACAGGAAAAUGUCUUUUACGAUACUCUAGAACGAAAAAACGCCUUUGCAGGCUAUAAAAACAAGAAGUUCAAAAAGUCGAAAAAUUGACAUUUUUCCAAUGGGGUUAACGCAUGGUUUUGGUCCUGAAAUGGCCAUUUUUCCAAUCUUUUUUUUUAGAGAAUAUAGGCCAGGAAAAUGUCUUUUACGAUAUUCUAAAACGAAAAAACGCCUUUCUAGGCUUUAAAAACGAGAAGUUAAAAAAGGCGUAAAAUUGAUAUUUUUCCAAAGAGGUUAACCCAUGGUUUUGGUCCAGAAAUGGCCAUUUUUCCAACUUUUUUCUUUAGGCAAUAUACAACAGGAAAAUGUCUUUUACGAUAUUCUAGAACGAAAAAACGCCUUUCUAGGCUAUAGAAACAAAAACUUUAAAAAGUCGAAAAAUUGACAUUUUUCCAAGGGGGUUAAUCCAUGUUUUUGGUCCAAAUAUGGCCAUUUUUCCACCUUUUUUUUUAGGCAAUAUAGAAAAGAAAAAAGUCCUUUACGAUAUUCUAGAACGAAAAAACGCCUUUCUAGGGUAUAAAAACAGGAAAUUCAAAACGUCGAAAAAUUGACAUUUUUGCAGAGGGGUUAACCCAUUGUUUUCGUCCAAAAAUGGCCAUUUUUCCAACAUUUUUUUUUAGGCAAUAUAGAACAGGAAAAUGUCCUUUACGAUAUUCUAAAACGAAAACACGCCCUUCUAGGCUAUAAAAACAAGAAGUUCAAAAAGUCCAAAAAUUGACAUUUUUCCAAAGGGGGUAACCCAUGGUUUUGGUGCAAAAAUGGCCAUUUUUCCAACUUUUGUUUUUUUAGGCAAUAUACAACAAGAAAAUGUCUUUUACGAUAUUCUAGAACGGAAAAACGCCUUUCUAGGCUAUAAAAACAAGAAGUUCAAAAAGUCAAAAAAUUAACAUUUUUCCAAAGGGGUUAACCCAUGCUUUUGGUCCAAAAAUGGCCAUUUUUAAAACUUUUUGUUUGAGGCAAUAUAGGCCAGGAAAAUGUCUUUUACGAUAUUCUAGAACGAAAAAAGCCCUUUCUAGGCUAUAAAAACAAGAAGGUCAAAAAGUCGAAAAAUUGACAUUUUUCCGAAGGGGUUAACCCAUGCUUUUCGUCCAAAAAUAGCCAUUUUUCCAACUUUUUGUGUUAGGUAAUAUAGAACAGGAAAAUGUCUUUUAGGAUAUUCUAGAACGAAAAAAAGCCUUUCUAGGCUAUAAAAACGAGAAGUUCAAAAAGUCGAAAAAUUGACAUUUUUCCAAUCUUUUUUUUUUAGAGAAUAUGGGCCGGGAAAAUGUCUUUUACGAUAUUCUAGAAGGGAAAAACGCCUUUCUAGGCUAUAAAAACAAGAAGUUCAAACAGGCGAAAAAUUGACAUUUUUCCAAAGGGGUUAACCCAUGGUUUAGGUCCAAAAAUGGCCAUUUUUGAAACUUUUUGUUUCAGGCAAUAUAGGCCAGGAAAAUGUCUUUUACGAUAUUCUAGAACGAAAAAACGCCUUUCUAGGCUAUAAAAAGAAGAAGUUCAAAAAGUCGAAAAAGUGACAUUUUCUCAAAGGGGUUAACCCAUGGUUUUGGUCCAAAAAUGGCCAUUUUUCCAACUUUUUUUCUUAGGCAAUAUCAAAGAGGAAAAUGUCUUUUACGAUAUUCUAGAACGAAAGAACGCAUUCCUAGGCUAUCAAAACAAAAAGUUCAAAAAGUCGUAAUAUUGACAUUUUUCCAAAGGGGUUAACCCAUGGUUUUGGUCCAAAAAUGGCCAUUUUUUUAAGUUUUUUCUUUACGCAAUAUCGAACCGGAAAAUGUCUUUUACGAUAUUCUAGAACGAAAAAACGCCUUUCUAGGCUAUAAAAACAAAAAGUUCAAAAAGUCGAAAAAUUGACAUUUUUCCAAAGGGGUUAACCCAUGGUUUUGGUCCAAAAAUGGCCAUUUUUAAAACUUUUUGUUUGAGGCAAUAUAGGCCAGGAAAAUGUCUUUUACGAUAUUCUAGAACGAAAAAAGCCCUUUCUAGGCUAUAAAAACAAGAAGGUCAAAAAGUCGAAAAAUUGACAUUUUUCCGAAGGGGUUAACCCAUGCUUUUGGUCCAAAAAUAGCCAUUUUUCCAACUUUUUGUGUUAGGUAAUAUAGAACAGGAAAAUGUCUUUUAGGAUAUUCUAGAACGAAAAAAAGCCUUUCUAGGCUAUAAAAACAAGAAGUUCAAAAAGUCGAAAAAUUGACAUUUUUCCGAUCUUUUUUUUUAGAGAAUAUGGGCCAGGAAAAUGUCUUUUACGAUAUUCUAGAAGGGAAAAACGCCUUUCUAGGCUAUAAAAACAAGAAGUUCAAAAAGGCGAAAAAUUGACAUUUUUCCAAAGGGGUUAACCCAUGGUUUUGGUCCAAAAAUGGCCAUUUUUGAAACUUUUUGUUUCAGGCAAUAUAGGCCAGGAAAAUGUCUUUUACGAUAUUCUAGAACGAAAAAACGCCUUUCUAGGCUAUAAAAAGAAGAAGUUCAAAAAGUCGAAAAAGUGACAUUUUCUCAAAGGGGUCAACCCAUGGUUUAUGUCCAAAAAUGGCCAUUUUUCCAACUUUUUUUCUUAGGCAAUAUCAAAGAGGAAAAAGUCUUUUACGAUAUUCUAAAACGAAAGAACGCUUUACUAGGCUAUCAAAACAAAAAGUUCAAAAAGUCGUAAAAUUGACAUUUUUCCAAAGGGGUUAACCCAUGGUUUUGGUCCAAAAAUGACCAUUUUUUUAAGUUUUUUUUUUAGGCAAAUCGAACCGGAAAAUGUCUUUUACGAUAUUCUAGAACGAAAAAACGCCUUUCUAGGCUAUAAAAACAAGAAGUUCAAAAAGUCGAAAAAUUGACAUUUUUCCAUAGGGGUUAACCCAUGGUUUUGGUGCAAAAAUGGCCAUUUUUCAAAGUUUUUGUUUUAGGCAGUAUAGGCCAGGAAAAUGUCUUUUAGGAUAUUCUAGAACGCAAAAACGCUUUUCUAGGCUAUAAAAACAAGAAGUUCAAAAAGUCGAAAAAUUGACCUUUUUCCUAAGGGGUUAACCCAUGGUUUUGGUCCAAAAAUGGCCAUUUUUCAAACUUUUUUUUUUUCGGUAAUAUAGAACAGGAAAAUGUCUUUUACGAUAUUCUAGAACGAAAAAACACCUUGUAGGCUAUAAAAACAAGAAGUUCAAAAAGUCGAAAAAUUGACAUUUUUCCAAACAGGUUAACCCAUGGUUUUGGUGCAAAAAUGGCCAUUUUUCCAACUUUUUAGUUUAGGCAAUAUAGAACAGGAAAAUGUCUUUUACGAUAUUCUUGAAAGAAAAAACGCCUUUCUAGGCUAUAAAAACAAGAAGUUCAAGAAGUCACAAAAUUGACAUUUUUCCAAACGGGUUAACCCGUGGUUUUAAUCCAAAAAUUGGGAUUUUCCGAACUUUUUUUUUUUAGGCAAUAUAGAACAGGAAAAUGUCUUUUACGAUAUUCUAGAACGAAAAAACGCCUUUCUAGGCUAUAAAAACAAGAAGUUCAAAAAGUGGAAAAAUUGACAUUUUUCUAAAGGGGUUAACCCAUGGUUUUGGUGCAAAAAUGGCCAUUUUUCAAACUUUUUGUUUCAUUCAAUAUAGAACAGGAAAAUGUCUUUUACGAUAUUCUAGAACGAAAAAACGCUUUUCUAGGCUAUAAAAACAAGAAGUUCAAAAAGUGGAAAAAUUGACAUUUUUCUAAAAAGGUUAACCCAUGGUUUUGGUGCAAAAAUGGCCAUUUUUUAAACUUUUUGUUUUAUUCAAUAUAGAACAGGAAAAUGUCUUUUACGAUAUUCUAGAAGGAAAAAACGCCUUUCUAGGCUAUAAAAACAAGAAGUUCAAAAAGUGGAAAAAUAGACAUUUUUCCAAAUGGGUUAACCCAUGGUUUUGGUGCAAAAAUGGCCAUUUUUCAAACUUUUUGUUUGAGGCAAUAUCGAACAGGAAAAUGUCUUUUACGAUAUUCUAGAACGAAAAAACGCCUUUCUAGGCUAUAAAAACAAGAAGUUCAAAAAGUCGAAAAAUUGACAGUUUUCCAAAGGGGUUAACCCAUGGUUUUUGUGCAAAAAUGGCCAUUUUUCAAACUUUUUGUUUCAGGCAAUAUAGAACAGGGAAAUGUCUUUUACGAUAUUCUAAAACGAAAAAACGCCUUUCUAGGCUAUAAAAACAAGAAGUUCCAAAAAUUGACAAAUUGACAUUUUUCCAAAGAGGUUAACCCAUGGUUUUGGUGCAAAAAUUGCCAUUUUUCCAACUUUUUAGUUUAGGCAAUAUAGAACAGGAAAAUGUCUUUUACGAUAUUCUAGAAAGAAAAAACGCCUUUCUAGGCUAUAAAAACAAGAAGUUCAAGAAGUCACACAAUUGACAUUUUUCCAAACGGGUUAACCCGUGGUUUUAAUCCAAAAAUUGGGAUUUUCCGGAGUUUUUUUUUUUAGGCAAUAUAGAACAGGAAAAUGUCUUUUACGAUAUUCUAGAACGAAAAAACGCCUUUCUAGGCUAUAAAAACAAGAAGUUCAAAAAGUCGAAAAAUUGACAUUUUUCUAAAGAGGUUAACCCAUGGUUUUGGUGCAAAAAUGGCCAUUUUUCAAACUUUUUGUUUCAUUCAAUAUAGAACAGGAAAAUGUCUUUUACGAUAUUCUAGAACGAAAAAACUCCUUUCUAGGCUAUAAAAACAAGAAGUUCAAAAAGUCGACAAAUUGACAUUUUUCCAAAGGGGUAAACCCAUUGUUUUGGUGCAAAAAUGGCCAUUUUUCAAACUUUUUGUUUCAGGCAAUAUAGAACAGGAAAAUGUCUUUUACGAUAUUCUAGAACGAAAAAACGCCUGUCUAGGCUAUAAAAACAAGAAGUUCAAAAAGUCGAAAAAUUGACAUUUUUCCUAAGAGGUUAACCCAUGGUUUUGGUCCAAAAAUGGCCAUUUUUCCAACUUUUUUUUUUAGGCAAUAUAGGCCAGGAAAAUGUCUUCUAUGAUAUUCUAGAACGAAAAAACGCCUUUCUAGGCUAUAAAAAGAAGAAGUCCAAAAAGUUGAAAAAUUGACAUUUUUCCUAAAAGGUUAACGCAUGGUUUUUGUCCAAAAAUGGCCAUUUUUCCAACUUUUUUUUUUAGGCAAUAUAGGCCAGGAAAAUGUCUUCUAUGAUAUUCUAGAACGAAAAAACGCCUUUCUAGGCUAUAAAAACAAGAAGUCCAAAAAGUUGAAAAAUUUACAUUUUUCCUACAAGGUUAACCCAUGGUUUUGGUCCAAAAAUGGCCAUUUUUCCAACUUUUUUUUUUAGGCAAUAUAUGCCAGGAAAAUGUCUUUUAUGAUAUUCUAAAACGAAAAAACGCCUUUCUAGGCUAUAAAAAGAAGCAGUUCAAACAGUCGAAAAAUUGACAUUUUUGCAAAGGCACCCAUGGUUUUGGUCCAAAAAUGACCAUUUUUCCAACUUCUUCUUUUUAGGCAAUAAAUGCCAGGAAAAUGUCUUUUAUUAUAUUCUAGAACGAAAAAACGCCUUUCUAGGCUAUAAAAAGAACCAGUCCAAAAAGUCGAAAAAUUGACAUUUUUCCUAAGAGGUUAACCCAUGGUUUUGGUCCAAAAAUGGCCAUUUUUCCAACUUUUUUUUUUAGGCAAUAUAGGCCAGGAAAAUGUCUUCUAUGAUAUUCUAGAACGAAAAAACGCCUUUCUAGGCUAUAAAAACAAGAAGUCCAAAAAGUUGAAAAAUUGACAUUUUUCCUAAAAGGUUAACCCAUGGUUUUGGUCCAACAAUGGCCAUUUUUCCAACUUUUUUUUUUAGGCAACAUAGGCCAGGAAAAUAUCUUUUAUGAUAUUCUAGAACAAAAAAACGCCUUUCUAGGCUAUAAAAACAAGAAGUCCAAAAAGUCGAAAAAUUGACAUUUUUCCUAAGGGGUUAAACCAUGGUUUUGGUCUAAAAAUGGCCAUUUUUCCAAUUUUUUUUUUAGGCAAUAUAGGACAGGAAAAUGUCUUUUAUAAUAUUCUAGAACGAAAAAACGCCUUUCUAGGCUAUAAAAACAAGAAGUCCAAACAGUCGAAAAAUUGACAUUUUUUCUAAGGGGUUAACCCAUGGUUUUGGUCCAAAAAUGGCCAUUUUUCCAACUUUUAUUUUUUAGGCAAUAUAGGCCAGGAAAAUGUCUUUUACGAUAUUCUAGAACGAAAAAACGCCGUUCUAGCCUAUAAAAACAAGAAGUCGAAGACGUCCAAAAAUUGACAUUUUUCCUGAAAGGUUAACCCAUGGUUUUGGUGCAAAAAUGGCCAUUUUUCCAAGUUUUUUUUUUUAGGCAAUAUAGGCCAGGAAAAUAUCUUUUAUGAUAUUCUAGAACGAAAAAACGUCUUUUUAGGCUAUAAACACAACAAGUCCAAAAAGUCCAAAAAUUGACAUUUUUCCCCUAAGGGGUUAGUUAACCCAUGGUUUUGGUCCAAAAAUGGCCAUUUUUCCAACUUUUUUUUUUUUUAGGCAAUAUAGGCCAGGAAAAUUUUUUUUAUGAUAUUCUAGAACGAAAAAACGCCUUUCUAGGGUAUAAAAACAAGAAGUCCAAAAAGUCGAAAAAUUGACAUUUUUCCUAAGGGGUUAACCCCUGGUUUUGGUCCAAAAAUGGCCAUUUUUUUGCCUUUUUUUUGUUAGGAAAAAUAUAGGCCAGGAAAAUGUCUUUGAUGAUAUUCUAGAACGAAAAAACGCCUUUCUAGGCUAUAAAAACAAGAAGUCCAAAAAGUUAAAAAAAUUGGCAUUUUUCCUAAGGGGUUAACCCAUGGUUUUAGUCCAAAAAUGGCCAUUUCUCGGCCCUUUUUUUUUUAGGCAAUAUAGGGCAGAAAAUGUCUUUUAUGAUAUUUUAGAACGAAAAAACGCCUUUCUAGGCUAUAAAAACAAGAAGUCCAAAAAGUUGAAAAAUUGACAUUUUUCCUAAGGGGUUAACCCAUGGUUUUGGUCCAAAAAUGGCCAUUUUUCCAACUUUUUUUUUGUAGCCAAUAUAGGCCAGGAAAAUGUCUUUUAUGAUAUUCUAGAACGAAAAAACACCUUUCUAGGCUAUAAAAACAAGAAGUCCAAAAAGUCGAAAAAUUGCCAUUUUUCCUAAGGGGUUAACCCCUGGUUUUGGUCCAAAAAUGGCCAUUUUUUUGCCUUUUUUUUGUUAGGAAAAAUAUAGGCCAGGAAAAUGUCUUUGAUGAUAUUCUAGAACGAACAAACGCCUUUCUAGGCUAUAAAAACAAGAAGUCCAAAAAGUUAAAAAAAUUAGCAUUUUUCCUAAGGGGUUAACCCAUGGUUUUAGUCCAAAAAUGGCCAUUUCUCGGCCCUUUUUUUUUUAGGCAAUAUAGGGCAGAAAAUGUCUUUUAUGAUAUUUUAGAACGAAAAAACGCCUUUCUAGGCUAUAAAAACAAGAAGUCCAAAAAGUUGAAAAAUUGACAUUUUUCCUAAGGGGUUAACCCAUGGUUUUGGUCCAAAAAUGGCCAUUUUUCCAACUUUUUUUUUUUAGCCAAUAUAGGCCAGGAAAAUGUCUUUUAUGAUAUUCUAGAACGAAAAAACACCUUUCUAGGCUAUAAAAACAAGAAGUCCAAAAAGUCGAAAAAUUGCCAUUUUUCCCAAUGGGUUAACCCCUGGUUUUGGUCCAAAAAUGGCCAUUUUUUUGCCUUUUUUUUGUUAGGAAAAAUAUAGGCCAGGAAAAUGUCUUUGAUGAUAUUCUAGAACGAAAAAACGCCUUUCUAGGCUAUAAAAACAAGAAGUCCAAAAAGUUAAAAAAAUUGGCAUUUUUCCUAAGGGGUUAACCCAUGGUUUUAGUCCAAAAAUGGCCAUUUCUCGGCCCUUUUUUUUUUAGGCAAUAUAGGGCAGAAAAUGUCUUUUAUGAUAUUUUAGAACGAAAAAACGCCUUUCUAGGCUAUAAAAACAAGAAGUCCAAAAAGUUGAAAAAUUGACAUUUUUCCUAAGGGGUUAACCCAUGGUUUUGGUCCAAAAAUGGCCAUUUUUCCCAUUUUUUUUUUUCUAGCCAAUAUAGGCCAGGAAAAUGUCAUUUAUGAUAUUCUAGAACGAAAAAACACCUUUCUAGGCUAUAAAAAGAAGAAGUCCAAAAAGUCGAAAAAUUGGAAUUUUUUCUAAGGGGUUAACCCAUGCUUUUGGUCCAAAAAUGGCCAUUUUUCCAACUUUUUUUUUUUAGGCAAUAUAGGCCAGGAAAAUGUCUUUUAUGAUAUUCUAGAACGAAAAAACGCCUUUCUAGGCUAUAAAAACAAGAAGUCCAAAAAGUCGAAAAAUUGCCAUUUUUCCUAAGGGGUUAACCCCUGGUUUUGGUCCAAAAAUGGCCAUUUUUUUGCCUUUUUUUUGUUAGGAAAAAUAUAGGCCAGGAAAAUGUCUUUGAUGAUAUUCUAGAACGAAAAAACGCCUUUCUAGGCUAUAAAAACAAGAAGUCGAAAAAGUUAAAAAAAUUGGCAUUUUUCCUAAGGGGUUAACCCAUGGUUUUAGUCCAAAAAUGGCCAUUUCUCGGCCCUUUUUUUUUUAGGCAAUAUAGGGCAGAAAAUGUCUUUUAUGAUAUUUUAGAACGAAAAAGCGCCUUUCUAGGCUAUAAAAACAAGAAGUCCAAAAAGUUGAAAAAUUGACAUUUUUCCUAAGGGGUUAACCCAUGGUUUUGGUCCAAAAAUGGCCAUUUUUCCAUCUUUUUUUUUGUAGCCAAUAUAGGCCAGGAAAAUGUCUUUUAUGAUAUUCUAGAACGAAAAAACGCCUUUCUAGGCUAUAAAAACAAGAAGUCCAAAAAGUCGAAAAAUUGACAUUUUUCCUAAUGGGUUAACCCAUGGUUUUGGUCCAAAAAUGGCCAUUUUUCCAACUUUUUUUUUUUACGCAAUAUAGGCCAGGAAAAUGUCUUUUAUGAUAUUCUAGAACGAAAAAACGCCUUUCUAAGCUAUAAAAACAAGAAGUCCAAAAAGUCGAAAAAUUGACAUUUUUCCUAAGGGGUUAACCCAUGUUUUGGUCCAAAAAUGGCCAUUUUUCCAACUUUGUUUUUUAGGCAAUAUAGCCCAGGAAAAUGUCUUUUAUGAUAUUCUAGAACGAAAAAACACUUUUCUAGGCUAUAAAAACAAGAAGUCCAAAAAGUCGAAAAAUUGCCAUUUUUCCUAAGGGGUUAACCCCUGGUUUUGGUCCAAAAAUGGCCAUUUUUUUGCGUUUUUUUUUUUAGGAAAAAUAUAGGCCAGGAAAAUGUCUUUGAUGAUAUUCUAGAACGAAAAACGCCUUUCUAGGCUAUAAAAACAAGAAGUCCAAAAAGUUAAAACAAUUGACAUUUUUCCUAAGGGGUUAACCCAUGGUUUUGGUCCAAAAAUGGCCAUUUUUUUGCGUUUUUUUUUUUAGGAAAAAUAUAGGCCAGGAAAAUGUCUUUGAUGAUAUUUUAGAACGAAAAAACGCCUUUCUAGGCUAUAAAAACAAGAAGUCCAAAAAGUUGAAAAAUUGACAUUUUUCCUAAGGGGUUAACCCAUGGUUUUGGUCCAAAAAUGGCCAUUUUUCCAACUUUUUUUUUGUAGCCAAUAUAGGCCAGGAAAAUGUCUUUUAUGAUAUUCUAGAACGAAAAAACACCUUUCUAGGUUAUAAAAAGAAGAAGUCCAAAAAGUCGAAAAAUUGGCAUUUUUGCUAAGGGGUUAACCCAUGGUUUUGGUCCAAAAAUGGCCAUUAUUCGAACUUUUUUUUUUCGUAAUAGAGGCCAGGAAAAUGUCUUUUACAAUAUUGUAGAAAAAAAAUAAACGCCUUUCUAGGCUAUAAAAACAAGAAGUUCAAAAAGUCGAAAAAUUGACAUUUUUCCAAAGGGGUUAACCCAUGGUUUUGGUCCAAAAAUGGCCAUAUUUCAACCUUUUUUUUUUUAAGCAGUAUAGGCCAGGAAAUUGUCUUUUAAGAUAUUCUAGAACGAAAAAACGCCUUUCUAGGCUAUAAAAACAAGACGUUGAAAAAGUUGAAAAAUUGACUUUUUCCCAAAGAGGUUAACUGAUGGUUUUAGUCCAAAAAUCGACAUUUUUCAAACUUUUUUUUAAAGGCAGUAUAGCCCAGGAAAUUGUCUUUUACGAUAUCCUAGAACAAAAAAACACCUUUUUUGGCUAUAAAAACAAGACGCUUAAAAAGUUGAAAAAUUGACAUUUUUCCAAAGUGGUUAACCCAUGGUUUUCGUCCAAAAAUGGCCAUUCUUCCAACUUUUUUUUUGGGGCAAUAUUGGCCAAAAAUAUGUCCUUUACGAUAUUCUAGAACGAAAAAACGCCUUUCGACGGUAUAAAAGGAAGAAGUUUAAAAAGUCGAAAAAUUGACAUUUUUCCAAAGGGGUUAACCCAUCGUUUUGGUCCAAAAAUGGCCAUUUUUCCAACUUUUUUUUUUUUCGUAACAUAGGCCAGGAAUUUGUCUUUUACGAUAUUCUGGAACGAAAAAACGCCUUUCUAAGCUAUAAAAACCAGAAAUUUAGAAAGUCGAAAAAUUGACACUUUUUCAAACUGGUAAACCCAUGAUUUUGGUCCAAAAAUGGCCAUUUUUCCAAAUUUUUUUUUCAGGCAGUAUACACCAAGAACAUUUCUUUUACAAUAUUGUAGAACUAAAAACGCCUUUCUAGGCUAUAAAAACAAGAAGUUCAAAAAAUCGAAAAAUUGAAAUUUUUUCAAAGGGGUUAACUCUUGGUUUUGGUUUAAAAAUGGCAAUUUUUCCAACUUUUUUUUUUUAGGCAGUAUAGGUAGGAAAAUGUCUUUUACGAUAUUCUAGAACAAAAAAACGCCUCUGUAGGCUAUAAAAACAAGAAGUUCAAAAAGUCGAAAAAUUGAAAUUUUUUUCAAAGGAGUUAAGCCAUGGUUUUGGUCAAAAAAUGGCCAUUUUUCCAACUUUUUUUUUUAGGUAGUAUACCGCAAGAACAUGUCUUUUACGAUAUUCUAGAGGGAGAAAACGCCUUUCUAGGCUAUAAAAACAGGAAGUUUAAAAAGCCAAAAAAUGACAUUUUUCGAAACGGGUUAAACCAUGGUUUUGGUCCAAAAAUGGCCAUUUUUCCAAUUUCUUUUUUUCUUGGCAAUAUUGGCAGGGAAAAUGUGUUUUACGAUAUUCUAGAACGAAAAAACGCCUUUCUAAGCUAUAAAAACCAGAAAUUCAGAAAGUCGAAAAAUUGACACUUUUUCAAACUGGUAAACCCAUGAUUUUGGUCCAAAAAUGGCCAUUUUUCCAACUUUUUUCUUUCGUAAUAUAGGCCAGGAAAAUGUCUUUUACGAUAAUGUAGAACGAAAAAACGCCUUUUUAGGCUAUAAAAGCAGAAGUUCAGAAAGUCGAAAAAUGGACAUUUUUCCAAAACCCAUGGUUUUGGUCUAAAAGUGCCCAUUUUUUCAAGUUUUUUUUUAAGGCAAUAUACGCCAAGAACAUGUCUUUCACGAUAUUCUAGAACGAAAAAACGCCUUUCUGGGCUAUAAAAACAAGAUGUUUAAAAAGUCAAAAAAUUGACAUUUUUCCAAAGCGGUUAACCCAUUGUUUUGGUGCAAAAAAAGGCAAUUUUUCCAAUUUCUUUUUUUUGGGCAAUUUAGGCAAUUAAAUUGUCGUUUACGAUAUUCUAGAAGGAAAAAACGCCUUUCUAGGCUAUAAAAACAACAAGUUCAAAAAGUCGAAAAGUUGAGAUUUUUUAGGCAAUAUAGGCCAGGAAAAUGUCUCUGACUAUAUUCUGGAACGAAGAAACGCUUUUCUAGGCUAUAAAAACAAGAAGUUCAAACAGUUGAAAAAUUGUCAUUUUUCCAAAGGGGUUAACUCAUGGUUUUGGUCAUUUUUCCAUGGUUUUGGUCGAAAAAUGUCCAUUUUUCCAUUUUUUUUUUAGGCAAUAUAGGCCAGGUAAAUGUCUUUUACGAUAUUCUAGAACGAAGAAACGCCUUUCCCGGCUAUAAUAACAAGAAGUUCAAAAAGACGAAAAAUUGAUAUUUUUAUAAGGGGAUUAACCCAUGGUUUUGGUCCAAAAGUGGCCAUUAGGUAAUAUAGGCCAGGAAAAUGUCUUUUACGAUAUUCUAUAAAGGAAAAACGCCUUUGUAGGCAAUAAAAACAAGAUGCUCAAAAAGUGGAAAAAUUGAGAUUUUUUCAAAGGUGUUUACCCAUGGUUUUGGUCCAAAAGUGGCCAUUUUUUCAACUUUUUGUUUAGGUAAUAUAGGCCAGGAAAAUGUCUUUUACGAUAUUCUAGAAAGGAAAAACGCCUUUGUAGGCAAUAAAAACAAGAUGUUCAAAAAGUGGAAAAAUUGAGAUUUUUUCAAAGGUGUUUACCCAUGGUUUUGGUCCAAAAGUGGCCAUUUUUUCAACUUUUUUUUUUAGGCAAUAUAGGCCAGGCAAAUGUCUUUUACGAUAUUCUAGAAGGAAGAAACGCUUUUUUAGGCUAUAAAAACUAGAAGUUCAAAAAGUCGAAAAAGUGACAUUUUUCCAAAGGGGUUAACUCAUGGUUUUGGUCUAAAAAUGGUCUUUUUUUCAAUUUUUUUUUUAGGCAAUGGAGGCCAGGAAAAUGUCUUUUGCGAUAUUCUAGAACGCAAAAACGCCUUUCUAGGCUAUAAAAAAAAGAAGUUCAAAAAGUUGGAAAUUUUAUUUUUUUUCCAAGGGGGUUAACCCAUGUUUUUGGUCCAAAAGUGGCAAUAUAGGCCAGGAAAAUGUCUCUGACUAUAUUCUGGAACGAAGAAACGCUUUUCUAGGCUAUAAAAACAAGAAGUUCAAACAGUUGAAAAAUUGUCAUUUUUCCAAAGGGGUUAACUCAUGGUUUUGGUCCAAAAAAGGCCAUUUUUCCAACUUUUUUUUUAGGCAAUAUAGGCCAGGAAAAUGUUUUUUACGAUAUUGUAGAACGAAAAAGGGUUAACCUUCAUGGUUUUUGUCCAAAAAUGGCAAUUUUUCAAAUUUUUUUUUAGGCAAUAUAGACCAGUAAAAUGUCUUUUACGACAUUCUAGAUCGAAAAAACGUCUUUCUAGGCUAUAAAAAUCAGAAGUUCAAACAGUCGAAAAAUGGACAUUUUUCCAAAGGGGUCAACGCAUUGUAUUUUUCAUCGUUCGUCACAGAGAAAUAGGCUUUCUAGACCAUAAAAACAUUGAUUAUAAAAAUUCGGAAAAUUUGGAUUUUUCUAAAGGGGUUAGUUUAUGGUUUUUCUCAAAAAAUGUAAUCUUCCUCAUUCUUCCUUUUUGUUCAAAAUACGCCAAAUAAAAGUGCGUAAUGACGUUCUGCAUACAUAAAUAGCCUUUGUAGACUAUAUAAGAUCGUUUAAAAAAAGUCGCAAAAUUUGCCUUUUUGCCCAAGGGUUUAGUCCAUGGUUUUUGGUCAAAAAUUGUAAUCGCUCCCCUUCUUUCUUUUUUUUCAAAAUAUGCCACAUAAAACUGUUUAAUGACGUUCUAGAUAGAUAAAUAUCGCCUCUAGACUGUAAAACAUCGAUUUGAAAAGGUCGCAAAAUUUGCAUUCUCUUAAAGGGGUUAGUCCAUGGUUUUUUUUUCAAAACUGUAAUUUUUCUCACUUUUUCUUUUUAGUGAAAAUAUGCCAAAUAAAACUGUUUGCUGCCGUUCUACAUAGAGAAAUAGGCUUUUUAGGUCAUAAAAACAUCGAUUAGAAAAGUCGCAAAAUUUGCAUUUUUCCAAAGGGGUAGGUCCAUGGUUUUUGUAAUCUUUCUCCUUUUCCUUUUUUUUUUUUUCAAAAUACGACAAAUAAUAGUGUUUAAUAACUUUCUAGAUAGAUAAAUAGCCAAUCAAAAACCGUAAUUUAUCAAGUUUAGUGAAAUAUGCCAAAUAAAAGUGUUUGGUGCCGUUCUACAUAGAGAAAUAGGCUUUCUAGACCAUAAAAACAUUGAUUAGAAAAAGUCGGGAAAUUUGCAUUUUUCGAAAGGGGUUAGUCCAUGGUUUUUCUCAAAAACUGUAAUCUUUCUCAUGCUUUCGUUGUAUUCAAAAUCUGCCAAAUAAAACUGUGUAAUGACGUUCUUGAUAGAUAAAUAGCCUUUCUAGACUCUAAAAACAUCGAUUUUCAAAAGUCACAAAAUUUACAUUUUUUUAAAGGGGUUAGUCCAUGGUUUUUGUCAAAAAUUGUAAAUUUUCUCAAGUUUUCUUUUUAGUGAAAAUAUGCCAAAUAAACUGUUUGGUGACGUUCUACAUAGAGAAAUAGGCUUUUUAGACCAUAGAAACAUUGAUUACAAAAAGUCGCAAAAUUUGCAUUUUUCCAAAGGGUCCAUGAUUUUUCUCAAAAAUUGUAAUCUUUCUCAUUUUUUCUUUUUAUUUAAAAAAUGGCGAACAAAAGAGUUUAAUGACGUUCUAUAUAGGAAAAUAGGCUUUUCUAGACUAUAAAAACAUAGUUUUGAACAAGUCACAAUAUUGCAUUUUUCCAAAGUUGUUAGUCUAUAUGUUUUGUUAAAAAUUGUAAUUUUGCUUAUUCUUUUUUUUAAAGUCAAAAUAGGCCGAGUAAAAGUGUUCGGUGACGUUCUAGAUUGAGAAAUAUCUUUUUAGACUAUGAAAACAUUGAUUUCAAAAAAAGUAAAAUUUGCAUUUUUCCAAAGGGGUUAUUCCAUGGUUUUUGUCAAAAAUUGUAAUUUUUCUCAUUAUUUUCUUUUAUACAAACUAGGUGGAUUAAAUGUGUUUGGUGACGCAUUAGGUAGAGAAAUAGCCUUUCUAGACUUUAAAAACAUCGAUUUGAAAAAGUCGCAAAAUUGUCCUUAUUUUAAAGGGGUUAGUCCACCGUUUUUGUCAAAAAGUUGAAACGUUUUUAUUCUUUCUUUUAAGUGAAAAUAGUCCGAAUGAAAGUUUUUGGUGACGUUCUAGAUAGAGAACUAGUCUUUAAAAACAUCGAUUUAACAAAAUCGCAAAAUUUGCAUUUUUCUGAGGGUUUCCAUGGUUUUGCUUAAAAAUUUAUUCUUUCUGUUUUAUCGAAAUAGUCCGACUAGAAGUGUUUAAUGUCCUUCUUGUUAGAAAACUAGGCUUUCUAGACUUUGAUAACAUCGUUUUGAGAAAGUGGAAAGGGUUACAUGGUUUUGGUGCUAAACUUUUGAUUUCUGUAUGGUAUGUUUUGAAAUAGAAUAAAUCAACUAAUUGUGUUUAGUGUUGCUUUAUUUAGACUUAUAACAAGUCGGAAAAUUGGCAUUUUUUAAAGGGGUAGGCCAUGGUUUUGGUGAAAAAUUUAAAAUUUGCUCAUCCUGCCUUUUUAUGCAAAAUAGGCCGACUAAAAAUGUUUGGUGACUGUCUAGAUUGAAGACUAGCCUUUUUAGACUUAAAAAGAUCGAUUCAGGGAAGUGGCACAAUUUGAGUAUAAAAUUCAUCGAUGAGAUUCGCAAAAUUUGCAUUUUUCCAAAGGGGCUGGUUAGUCCAUUGCUCUGGGUCAAAAAUUAUUAUUUUUUUCAUUCUGUAGCAAAUAUGGAGGCAAAAUAAACGUUUUGGUGAUGUUCUAGAAACAAAAACCAACCUAUCUACAAGAAAGACGUUAAGAGAGGCACAAACGUUUCAUUUUUCCAAAGGGGUUAGUUUAUGGUUUUGGUUAAAAAUUGUGUAACUUGUUUUCGUCGCGUCCUGUCUUUCUAGGCAAAAUAGGCCUACAGAAAGUAUUUGGUACCUUUUUAGAUAGAAAAGUAGUCUUUCCAGACGAUAAUAACUUCGAUCUAGAGUAUCAAAACAUCGUUUUAUGAAAGUUGGUAAAUUUCCAUGUUUUUUGCCGAAAAUUUUCCAGUUUGUUUUUGUUUCUCUCUUAGCAAAAUAGAACGUGUAACAUUGGUUGGUGACGUUCUAGAUAGAAAUCUAGCGCUUGUAGACUGAUAUAGGAAAGUUUUAAAGGUUGCAUGUUUCUAAAGGUAUUAUCGACUUUUUCGAUUGUGUAGAGUUCUUUUUUCUCUAUAUUUAGGAACCCUUGGCUUUAUCCUGAUUUUAUCUAUCAAAUGACCGCAGGAGCAAGAAAGUUUGCUAAAAACUGUGCCCUGAUUCGUAACAAAGCCAAAGAAACAGUCGAAGAGCGGAGAGCUGCUUUAAAAGACAGUGUAAGUAUUGCGAACGUUUUGUUUUGCGUAAGAAAGUAAAAAAAAAAAGAUUUAUAUUUUUCUCCAAAAUUAAACCAUCUGAAAGCAAUGGUCAUACUACACAACUCCUUGGUAUAGCGAGUAUCGUACGCAUGCGUACAACAUAUUCUUAUAUUCCUGACCUUAUCACAGAGUUGUGUAGUGUGACCAUUGCUUUCAGAUGGUAUAAUAUUUCCAUACAGCUGUAUCUUAAUCGUAGUAAUUCACAAAAUGUUACAAAAUUUACAGCUUUUAUAAUAAUCUCCGAAACCUGUGGUUGCUCUUAAUAGUAACUAAUUUCCACCGCGGCUCCCGCUCGUAAUAGGACAAUUGCACGAUGACGAUAUUUGACUACAACUACCACAAUUCAUUUCGGUUUUGCUUUGUUAUUUAAAUUUGUCAAUCCCGCUGAGGAUUACAGAACAAUAGCCUUAAUUUGCAUAAGAAAACAACAAACUCAAGGAUUCUGGUUGUUGUAGUCAAAUGACGUCAUCGUGAAAUUGUCCUAUUGAAAGGAAAUACGGAAAUGAAUGGAGCGACUCUGGAGGUGAGAGAGAAAAGGCGUUUUUGAGCCACGCAAGUCAACCAGAAGUGGACCUUUUGCAUUUUUGGGAAGUGGUUUUGCCAAACUUCUCGGACAAAUUGUCUCUGUAAGAGAAAAGAUACUUAGCAAUACAAAUUUGUUAACGUCAAGGUACACUCCAAGGGUAAAUGUCCCACUUCCGGUUGACGUAAGUCGUUAGAAUCUGAUUUUGCUUAAUCUCCUUAAAGUGUAGACGCGCAUGUCAUCGCUGUAAGGAGUUAGGAGGGUCGCCGUUGCGUGACGUUUAACAAUGGACCAUUUUACACUUGUGAGUUUAGUCUCCUAGCCUUUGAGUGAACAUGGGGCUGAGGUUGACAUUGGUUUGAUACAAACCUCUUUCCUUUUCUCGUGGAAAUUGUGAAUUAAAAAUACCAGAAUACCAAAGCAGGAAGGGUUAUAUCAAAAUAUGGCCAACUCCUGCCUCGUUUCCACCUGUAUCUGUAAAAUGGUCUUUUCACGGACAGAAUACAUGAGAAAUCGAAGCUUCAGUGUACUUAUACGGUCAGCGGCAUAUCUCAGAGCCUGCUUUCCUUUUGGUCAGUGUGAAGAGUGGCCCUUUUUGUGCUGGCCCAAAACAGUGGGCUCUGGGGUCUAAAAGGCGUCAUCAGUAAUAGGUCAUUUUCAGAAUAAGGUCAAAUUAAAUCAAUUAUAAGCAACAGAACAAAAAAAUGGAAGCACUCUGGUAAUUCCAUAUGGGAAAAUAUCUGACCUCUGAGGCCUUCUUAAAAGUAACGACCAAGCGCGUAGCCAGAGGUUAUCGUUUUUAAGAAGGCCGAGGAGCGAUUGUCAUUAUCUGAUUAAAUGUACCUUUGCAUUGUUUUCGAAUCCGCAGGUCAUUAUUGUGGCCACUGUAGUGGAACAGUAGGUUAUUAUUAGUAAUAGAGAGUUUAAGCUUCACGUAUACGGCUAACGGCAAACGUCAGAUUCAAGUUGAGAAUUUCUUAAAACAGAAAAUGAGCAGUUAAAGACAGCUCAAAGCAAUUCUUAUCGAUGGUGAAUUAUGUGUUCAAAUAAUGGACAGCAAACGAAAAGUAAAAGGGUAGUCACGUGGUACAAAUUCGCGUUUUGGCGUUAACGUGAUGCUUACCCUCUCUAAUAACAGAUAGAUUUAAAGUCACGUUUCGCCAAACGCCAAACGUAAAUUUGUACCACGUGACCAAGUUUUCCCCUUAAUUGUCGUUAACUGUUUGUUACUUCUACUUGAAAUAGAGUAUUUUCACGCCAGUUUUAUCCAUAAGAAUUGUUCUGGACAGAUUUUAUCUGUUUAUUGUCUAUUCUGAGAAAUACUCAACUUGAAUCUGACGUUUGUCGUAAACAUGACUAAUGACCUCUCUAAAUCUCUCUUAUGACCUCCUGUUCCAUCACAGUCAUCUGCUCUUGCAUUUAUUCAAAGCACUUAAUGGGCCGUUUGUUCUUUUUUAUGUGUUUUGAGAGUUCUUUGUUUAUGACUAAGAUUAUUAGUGCACAAUUCGCCACUUGCAUAUCUCCCAUAAUGCAUCUCAUUUGCCCCCCAAAAUUUUGCGUAACCUUUGUUUUUCAUUUCUCCUGGGUAUUACAGCCGUCCGAAGAGAAAUUGAAAACAAUGCUUAUGCAAAAUUUUGAAGGGCAAAUAAGGUGCAUUGUGUGAGAUGUGCAAGUGGCGAACAAAGAAUCGAAAUUACCUUAGGAAAACGUACUGCUUCACGUGUAGAGGCAUCCUAGAAUAUUCUAAUUAUAACUUCUGCAGGAUGAGCAAGAGAGGAUUCAGAAGAAGAAACGAUUGGAUUUCUUAGACAUCCUACUUGGAGCUAGGGUAAUGCAAAAAUACCAUAAAAUGUCGCGUAUAAGCCCUAGGUUUAUACAUCCUCGUAAGGUGUUUUAAGACGGCUUAUAUCCGAAGGGGCUUGAUAACCGGAAUAGAAAAACCACUUUGAAACAAGCUACAGCAGUGCUGAUCACAAACACGUUUUGUAUUAAAUUUUACUGGUUUUCAGUUAAGCUUCAAAACGUCAUAAUAAAUCGAACAUAUUUCAACAAAUGCGGAACAGAGUUACAAGAGGGCUUAUAUCCCGCGGGGAGUCCUUGUAAUCGCAUGUAUAUUUUUCUUACAGGUAGCCUGUAACUGGGGAGGGGGCUUAUAAGCAACAGUUUACGGUACACCUGUAACUAGAAAGCCUAUUCACCAUUUUCACCUAGACCAUAAUGUUCCUUGUUUACCCCCCAAAAUUUUGCAUAAUCAUUGUCUUUGAUUUCUCUUGGGACGACUGUAAUACCCAGGGGAAAUUGGAAACAAUGGUUAUGCAAAACUUUGGGCGGUAAACAAGGUGCAUUAUGGUGUAUGUGAAAAUGGUGAAUGCAGGCGUGUUAAAGCCCUGAGUGACGAUCUUCCUGCUGCAAGACAAGAUUUUUUUCCUUUUUUUCACAAGUUGUGCACGACUUUUUGACUGCUUUAAUGUGUUCCGUCUCAAGCAGAACCAAUCUUUUGGAGAAAGAUUAUCACAACUUGAAAGGUUUAAUCAAUAAUCCUUUAAAAAUGCAUGAAAGCCAUCAAAUAUGUUGAAAACAUGUCAAACAAUGCCAAAAAAUUUUGUUUAGUGGCGCCACUGUAAUCACAACUUCUACCUUUGCGUCAAGUUGCCGUUAUAAUAAUUGUUGCAUUUUUGCGCUAUCAAACACUAAAAAACAACCACCAUACAAGACUUUUUCAUUAUGCUGCAGGAUGAACAAGGAAAUGGUUUGUCCGAGGAGGAAAUAAUUUCAGAAGUCAUGACCUUCAUGUUUGCGGGACACGAUACAACCGCCAGCUGUGAGUAAAACUAUAAAUUUAGAGGAAAAUUCUUAAAAGUGGCCCUUCUUCCUAAAUACUGUUUUUUUGCUUUCUGACAAAUGGCCAUUUCUGCAUUAAUUAAAAUGAAAUAAGACUUCGUAGCAGUGCAGUGCUAAUUGGGGAUAGAGCGUGAAACAAACAAACUGGAUUAGAAAGUUGUAUAAGGAAUUCCACCCGUUGGGAGAGUUUUGUGUUCGUUGGUUUUACUGAUCCGUUUAAUUUAGAAAGUGCCGCCAUCUUGAAUUCGGAAAAAACAUUCCUUGUUUUUCAAUUCCAAAGCUGUCUCUUGGACAUUGUACAACUUGGCACGGUUUCCAGAACACCAACAGAAGUGUCGGCAGGAAAUUGAGGAGGUGUUUGGAGAGACAGAAGAGUUUGAAUGGUUAGUGUUGAUGUGAAGUUUCCAACUAUCCUAUCGCACAUACUGGGUAACUUGCCAAAUCCUUAGGCGCCAGUGUUCCGCGCGGUCUGUACCUUUCAGGUCACGUGGUCUGAGCGAGUUUGUUAGAGCUUCUCCCCGCCGUUCUAUAUCAACCAAAAAGGCCUGGGAAGGCGCAUCUUGGCCAGGUAUCUGCACAUGACUGAACGGAUUUAGAGAGGGGGUGGCGAAGGGGCAGCGGUCCUCUCCUCUAGUUUGAAAUGUUGGUUUUAAAAUUUCUGAAAAAUCUAUCUGUUUUCCAGGUCCUUCAUUUAAGGACAAUCGCUCACAGAGUUCUUAAACCGUUAGCAAGUAUCCAUAACUGGCACUACAGAAACUCACUACCAAAACCUUCGGAUCCCUCUUUCUCUCUGCAGGCGAUACCUCUCAGAGAACCUGAGCAGAAUGUCUUUGCAUAGAGACCUACAAGUUUUAAUAUUGUUCUUUUACAAGAUAUGCUUAUCUUGCCUUUAAUAGGAAUGAUCUCAACAGACUGAAAUAUCUUCAACUAUGUAUUAAGGAAUCUAAUCGGCUUCACAGCGUAGUUGUUUCUACCAGUCGCGUGUUAGACAAGCCCUAUGAGAUAGACGGAAAAGUGGUACCAGAAGGUUAGUUGCUGAACUGAAGCUCAAUUUAAAACUUACAGUCGAACCUCAAAGUGCGACCACCUCCCAUAAGCGACCACCUAUCCAAAACACCAAAAUUUUCCCAGUCAAAUCACCACGGUUGCAACCUUGGUAAAAUGACUACCUCUCUCGUAAGCGACCGCGACCACUUUUUUGGAAGACGGUUGUAGAAUUUCCGAUUAUUUUAUCCUCCCAUAAGCGACCAUUUAAGGCAUUGUUUGAUCUCUAUGUUCGUUGUUUGCACUACACUGCUAAGAGAAUGCGAUGUAUGUUUAGUAACAACGUGAACCUACACAUAUGGUAACUUGAAAAUUGCAUGUAAUGAAUUCUCUUUAAAAAGGUAGAUAUGUCGGGACUUCGUCUGGGAAGAGACUCCCGUGGUUCGAUUCUCGCCGUAAGAGAUUGAUGCACCACUCACUAUUUACUGCUAUUUAUCACGGUGGUACAAAUAGUCCUACUCAGUAAAACGAUAUUAUCGCCUGAUGAAGACCUAAAGUACGCGGUUGAAACGUCGCGAUCAAUGAUUGAGGUCAUAACUCAGUGUUAUCGCGAGACAAACGAUAAACAAAUCCCUUUAUACAGGUGAUUAUACACAUACCACAAAUAUCUUUCACGAAACAUGUUAACAUUGUUUUACAGGUACCUGGGUCAGGACUCACAUGUUUGCCUUGCAUCGUAAUCCACAUGUGUGGAAGGACCCAGAGGUCAGUGUGCUGAAAUUCAGGGCAGUGUUAAACUUGCAAAGAAACUCGCUGUAGAAGCUUAAUAAAACGUUUCUGUUAGAGUGAAACCAGCAAAUUUUGCAUUUUUCAAGUAUUAAUGUCGAUUUUAUUUUUUUAGACUUUUGAUCCUCUGCGUUUUACCAACGAAAACAUGAAAGAAAUGUCUCCAUAUGCGUACGUUCCAUUUUCUGCUGGACCAAGGUAAGGCUUCAAACUUAAAUGUAUUUAAAGACAAUUUCUUUUACGCUAAGAGCAACGAAAUGAGGAUUUUCUCGUGAUGUCACAAAAAAACUCAACGUACUUUCCGGACCUCCAUGUCUUAAAACGAUUGACUUAAGAACGGAUCUAAGGACUCUCUGACCCCUCAAUACAGCAGAAUCAAACAAUUAGAGGAGCGUCCCGUCAUACGUCGACCCGCGACAAAGGCGUGGCUCUGUGCACGUGGAUCAAGUUGUCCGCGCGAUGUAUAUUAUUGAUAUUUUGACUAUUUCCUGAAUGUAAAUACCUGGGCCCAGUUGUUCGAAGGCCGAUUGGCGCUUAACCCGGGGUUCUCUUUCUUGCGUUCAAAAGCAUUUUCACGGAUAAUUUUUCUCUGUUAUAUUUAGAGCUUGCAAUCAUCAACUUGUAGACCAAAAGAUUGAAACUGAAAUGCUUUUUAAGCUUUCAAAUCUGAAUUCAAAUCUCGCACUAACCCUGGGUUAUCUUAACCCGGCUUUGAAAAACUCGGCCCAGGGAGAUAUUUUACAAAGUCUACUCUCUUUAACCCCCUUUAUUUUCUCUUUCCCUUGUUCAUAAAUCCCCCACUCUUUGAGUAAAUAAGCAACAUCAUCUUGUAACCCAGAUCUCCCAGGCACCUCUGAGAUCUGGGUUCGAGAUUAUCCAACAGCAUCUUCAAAUUUUCUUAUUUCAAUUAUCAGCAGCUUUUAAGACGUGCGAGAAAAAGAGAUCGGUUUACACAUCACUAUUCGUAAUUCAACUCUGUACUAUCAUUUAUGUUUUCAGAAACUGUAUUGGCCAAGCUUUUGCCCUUGCUGAGAUCAAAAUAGCUAUUGCAAUGAUUCUUCGCAAGUAAGUGAAAAAAACUAAAACAACUGAAUCUGAAGUUUUGUUAAUAACGAGGCAAAUGAAGUCUCAUUUUUACAGGGUUAGGCUUAUCUCAAGUUAAUAGAUGCAGAGUCUUCCGCGGGCAACCCACGUUGAAGUUGUUUUACUGAGACACUUGAUUUUAAGUGUCUCAUACAUUCAAAUUGUUUCCAAUGUAUUCCUCGCUCAUCCCCCGGGACUACUCGUCUUUGGGAAACGAGAAGAUUCUGGGGACAAUCUUACAUUAGCCUCGACUGCAGGCUAGUUCUAGUUUACUACCAACAUUUAAGGGGUCUAUAGCAGGCAUCCACUCACGUGACUAGGGGCCACUAUUUUUAGAGAGGAGAAGUCGUUACGUCCCGUUGCCAUGGUAGCAAAAUUUCCGGAUCACAACAAACUGUGGUCCUGCAAAUAUGGCAGAAAAACGUAAAAAAUGAUAUGUAUGACUUUCCUGCGCAUGAUUACACUAAGGAACAAAACGACAGCCCAUAGUUUCGUUCCAUCGUUGGACAAUGCAAAUGGCCGUCUCUGUCAAGAAAAAUUGUUGGGAUCCAAAAAUAUUGCUACCACGGUAACGUGACGUCACACUUUUCCUCCCUACUGGAACAGACGAGAGUGUUCACUCGAGAAAAGAGUUAAAUCCGCACAGGAGUAUUGACCACUACAGAAAAUACCAUAGCAUACCAAAGUACCCUUUGUUGGUCACUCCAAAACUUUGCAUAAGCAUUGUCUUCAGUUUCUCUUUGGAGUUCAAAUGGCCCCAAGAGAAACUGAAAUUAAUGCUUAUGCAAAAUUUUGGACGACCAAUAAAGAGUAUUAUGGUAUGUUAUGGUAUUUUCUGUCGUGGUUAAUUGUAACACCCUCUUGAUACACCAAUAAGCACAAAGUAAAAGCUUGGUUUCCUUCUGACAGGUUUGAUUUACGCGUAGCCCCACAGAACAUUGUAUCAAAUGAAGACCUCCAAUCUCAUCUGAUUCUUAAAGCGAGAAAUGGCAUUGUGGUCAAUAUCUCACCGAGGUCCACUCCCUAGAAGGUGAAAACGAAACAAGAUUGUUCAAGAAUUCAAUAGCUGGUUGCUUAACUCAGUUCUCUGAAACUUAGCUAAUGUAAUGUAAGAGGUGUUUUAAAAAUACUUUGUCAUGCCAGACUACUGCAAAACAGUCCGUAUUUUUGCGUAUUCAAGGCUCGUGCGGGUCGCGCGUGGGAGACUUUAAACCGAUUUGGAGAAAAAUAAAAAACCGACUGUUUGCAGUGUAUUGUUAUGCAUAAUCACCAUCGCGAUUUCUACAAACAAAAGAACCUCAAAUAAGCAGUGAAUAUUAACUCAGAAGCGACAUCGCCAAAUGACUAUGGCAAAUGGAAAAAUGAUGGCCCAAAUUUUUUAUUUAAACCGAAACGGCUUCAUUCAGGAUAGGAAACAUUUUCGAGCAUGUGACAUCUAUGCAUGCCUUUUGGGGCGCACGUUUUUAAGUACUUCUCGGCCGUUUCCUUUUCAAUUUCGCUUUAAUUUUAACUCUGAUGAUCGAAAAGCCUUGCAUGUACGAAAUAUUAGCAUGUUUACCGUAAAAACAAAUAUUAUCCCCGUUUUUUGAAGCAUUCUCCUUUUCCAUUUUUAAAUCGGUCACUCGCGGGACCGGAAAUCGUAAAUAUUGUUCAAGUUAGUGCGUAGUUUCGUAUGAAAAAGUUUGUGUUAUGUAUUUCUUUAAACCCCCAAAAAUAUUGUUUUAAAGUGAUUGUUAAAAAACAUAUGCAUUUCAAGUCUUGUUAAACUGUAUAGUUAUCUAAAAG